AGCAGCCACGCAGAUCUGCAAGAUUAUUACGACGAUGCUGGAGGGAUCCCGCCUCCACAUCGUUUUUCGGGCGGCGCGUACGACUCCUCGCCCUUCGCUUCUACCCAACACCUCCCACUUAACGACUCAAGCUCGACCGUCCUCAAGACCCCCGACGCGAAUACAAGGGGCGCGUACAUACCGACUCAAACUACUGCCGCUCCUUUAAACUACACAAACAUGGACUCGACGAACAGGAUAUACGCGAACAUCGACAGCGGGGCUUACAACGGCCGGUGGACGGAGAAGCCGAUGCCGUCAGGGAGCAAAAAGAGGAAAUGGAUUGCCAUCGGACUCGUUCUUGCUGUCGUCGGUGUUGUCGCCAUCGGUGUCGGCGUCGGCGUGACUGUCGCCAAGAACCAUGCGAAAUCUUCUUCGAGUGCUUCGAGCGGCUCGUCCGUAGUAAACCAGACCGACCCGAACGACCCGAGCACAUUCACCAAGGACUCGCGGCUGAAGCAGGCGUUCUAUGGUCUCGCAUACACGCCAGAGGGCUCGCAGCUACCCGACUGCGGGAACAACCUUUCUUCUGUUAUCACCGAUAUCCAGCUCAUUUCUCAACUCACCACACGGAUCCGUUUGUACGGUGCUGACUGCAACCAGUCUGCGCUCGUCCUCGAGGCGAUCAAGCAGACCAAGACUAACCUCACGGUCUGGCUCGGCAACUACAACGUCCCGACGGACAACCAUGCCGCCUACAAACGCCAGCGCGACGUCAUCAAGGAGGCCAUCCAGACCUACGGCACCGAUCACAUUGGUGGUGUCACCGUUGGCAACGAGUUCAUGCUCAACUACCUUGAUGCGAACGGUGCGACGGACCCGAAUAGCGAUGUUGGCAACACCGGCGCGGCUAUCUUGAAGCAAGACAUCGAGGACACGAAACAGAUGCUCAGUGAUAUGGGCGUCAGCCUUCAAGUAGGUAACGCUGAGGCUGGCAGCUACUUCAACACCCUUGUAUUGGAGGACGUUGACUACGGCAUGUCCAACGUGCAUCCCUGGUUCGCAGACACUACGAUUGACGACGCCGCGGGGUGGACGUACGAGUUCUUCCAGGAGCAGAACGUCGAACCGGCUGCUGCGCUGAGCAACAAGCCGCAGAUGUACAUUGCCGAGACUGGCUGGCCCACCGCGUCCUCCAACGCGUCGACGGAGACGAACGGCGCAUCUGCGGCAUCCAUCCCGAACCUUCAAACUUUCCUCGACACCUUCGUCUGCCAGGCCAACAACAACGGCACAGGCUACUUCUUUUUCGAGUACUUCGACGAGAAGUGGAAGGACGAGGAGUUCGGCGGCGUCGAGGGCUGGUGGGGUCUUUUCAACGCGAACAAGACCCUCAAGGACGGGCUCACCAUCCCCGACUGCACCUCCCCAUGAGCGCGCUCGUUCUCGCCGUCCUGAUGGUCCGUUUACCUGUUCCAUUCGCGUUUGCCGCCGACGCUUCUACCUUCUUGCCAUGCAUUUCUUCACCUUCGAGGUUAGAUAUCGAGAUCAGGAUAGGACGCUGGCGACGGACCUUGAUAUGGAUCGUGACACUAGGACAAUAUUUUCAUGGACUGCACCAUUUAUUGCGACUUUCUUGGUUACUACACUACUUGCAUGGCUUUGGUAUGAUACAUAUUUUCGAGUCUGUCUUAGCGCUCUCUGUGUUGUCCAUGGACCAUAUACCCGUUUAUAUGUUUUGUUUACCGCGCAUACUACGAACAAUUCCACUAUGUUCCGGAUUUCCAGC